GGAUCCAGACCAGCCUGAAAUAUAUUACUGAAUAAAUUACUUCAAUACGCCAGUAUAUAAACAUAACCUAAGGAUUACUGACGGACUUGUGAUUAACAUAUUUAUGGGUCAAAAACCAGGGUUUUCAGAACAUUGAUUUACACUUUCCGUUCGCCGUAAACAUUCCAUUAUUAUAUUACACAUACCUGAGAUAUAAAUAGAAUAUAGAUUAUUUGUACUACAUACUAUGUACGGACUGUAUUUAUAUAUUGGAUAUAUACCAUUCGUAAAGAUGUAAAUGAUCAGAUCUUAAAAUGUGUUUUAAAUUCUUCUUUUUACAUCAUUUAUCAUUUUAACACAAAAUAUGUGCUUUUUAUAAAAAAGGAUAGGUUGUAUAAAAAAGGAUAGGUUGAAAAUUGAAACAUCAUGUUUAAAAUGUUAAACAAUUGUAUUAUAUGUGGCAUACUUAUUCCAUUGAUACUGACCGGAAGAUGUGCAGGAUUUAAGACAUAUGAUUUUCAUGAUAUAUGUACAGACACUAUAAAUGAUGAAGCUGGCGAACUUCGGUUUGACGCACAGAAGCUAUCGUCCUACAGCUUCGGUAACAAAUGCAGUGUGACAGUACAACCGAGGUCAGACUCUCUCCCGCAACCUAUACUAGUCUCGUUUUACUUUACAAAGUUUGACUUAAGUGAAACAUGCGACUACUUGAAUGUGACAGUCCAGGAAGAAUCAAUACUAGGGAAACCAGUUCAAGGUUUAACAAAGUAUUUGUGUGGGCACAACGAAACACUUGAAAAACCUUCCCAAAUUUUCACAACUAGCGCAGACGUUUUCAUCGUUACAUUCCAAAGACAAAAUAUUGCUAGACACUCCAGAGGGAACUUUAAUAUAAAGUUUAUAGCCAUUUCUUCAGGAGAAUGUGUGGGAAGCGAUGUGUUUAACUGUUCCAAUGGACGCUGUAUAGCAGAUCAAUACAAGUGUUCUGAUGACGUCAACGUUUGCGGAGAUGACGAUGUCCGUGAACAAGCUUGUGAUAUACUUGACGUUAUAACAGAGUUAGUAGAGAAUAUUGGGGAUUUUAUACAGAAAUACAGUUGGAUUAUCCCGGUUCUCAUCGGGCUGUGUGUAUUAAAUUAUCUUUGGAAGAAAUACAAGGACAAAUUUAGAUCCUCUGGUCGGUGUGAUUCCUGCAGGAAUUGUUUAGAUAUGAAUAUACUUAAUCGUUUUCAUACGGGGCACCGAUCUUCAAAUUCUUCUGCUCGCAGAAACAGUCUUCAACUUCAGACUGUCGACAACUCUACUGGUUUACAACCGUCAUAUACAAGUGAAAAUGAGCGGGAAACAGGGGGAACUUUAGAUGAAUCUUAUGAUUCGUCUUCAUCAGAAUCUGACCUUAUUUUGAACGAAGAUCCUGCAUCAGAUGCGCAAAUAAGUUUACAAGAACCAACUACCCCAUCAGCUCCUCCUCCUUCUUAUGACGAAGUCAUGACGUCAUCAUAUGCGAGCGCUCCAUCAUAUGAGGAAGUUAUCGAAAAUAAGGACAAAUACAAAACAGACAUGUAAAAGAGAUAUUUGGGAAAAUAGAGCUACCUCUAGAAUACUAGAUGCAUUUGCAUUUUCCUAUUUUUACUUUAUUGUUUGUGCCAAAGUUUUUAUGCAGAAAAUAUGAGCCUUUAUUUUUUUCCGUAUCUUAAACCGGUUAAAUUGCCUAUGUAUGAUAUUUUAUACGUGUAUGUGCAAAAUAUUUAAUUAAAUUUAUUUAAAAGUUAAUCAUAAAGAAAAAUAUCAGCUAAAAAGCCUAUAUUGUUUCUCUUCUACUAUUUGUAGACGAGAUUUCUUUCUCAAAUUAUGUACAUGUAGUAUGUAAAUGGAAUGUGUAUAUUUGAGCAUUUUGAAUGCUACAUUUAGAAUGUGUAUGCACAUAUGUUUAUUUAUACAUUUCUGUUCUGUUAACAUUUUCGACAUUAACCUCAGAUACCUCGCUUAUGUGAUAGAGAUAUAUUUUAAUUUUCAAAGUUAUAUAUUCACAGAUAAUUCUAUACUUUUCUAUACUUUUAUAUUUCGUAAUAAAGAACUAUUUUGUA